GUAGUGGUGGCGCUGGUCAACCUACUUUUGGACCACCAUUUUUUAUUUUUCGUGUUUUCUACUCAUUCUCACUCCAGGUUUUUCGCAAAUCAUUUCCUAAAAAUUUCUGCUCCUUUCCAAUUAAAAUUUUAAUUCCGGAAGCAGAACGAUGAUGUCAAAAGCCCCUCAAUCCGUCCCUGGACCUUCUCACGUCGCCGGAAAUACCACCCAUCGGGUCAUCCCUGCCACCAUCACGGCGACCCCAAGGAUAAAAACCGAAGUCUUUUCGCCACAACCGCUGGGGGAACAGUUUGAGGAGUAUUUGAGCAGUGAUGACGAGGAUGAGGAAGAAGUCGAGAUCGAGGAGAAUAAAAUGAAAGUGGCCGACACACUGAUGCAAAUUUUACGCUGGGUCAAAAUAAAGGAAAAAUCCUUCAGGCCAAACAACACAGCGGCACCGAUUUCCGACGAGAGAUAUCCACCUUCGGCUCGGAUUGUCCGCAAGUUGGAAAAACUUGUCAUCGCUUUGGAGAACGUUAUUGACGUUGUGGACGAUAAGAGACGUCGAGGAUUUCCCCUCUACGAGAUGAGGAGGGCGCAACGGAAUAAACUAUGGAGAGCAGCAGCAAUAGGGCCGGAAAUGAUGCUUGACUUCGUUCUUGACGAGGAAAGGUCGACAAUUCCGCCAGCCACGUCAAGACCAUCACCUCCAACCCUGCCUGUCACCCCGCCAGCAACAACAAUGCCAGAAAUAGUGCUUGACUUCGUGCUAGAUGAGGAAAGGUCGACACUUCCGGAACCUCCAGUGACACCAAGACCGUCAACUCCACCACCACCACUGUCCGUCAAUCCGCCAGCAACAGCAUGGCCAGAAAUAAUAGUUGACGAAGACGAAGAAGGGUCUACAAUUCCAGAACCUCCAGUGACAGUGACACCAAGAUCGCUGAGUCCACCACCACCCGUCACUUCGCCAAGGUCAGCCUCAAGCCAAUCUGCAAAAUCCAGCCGGACUCCGAGACCAAUUCUUAAAUUCAACGACAAGUCCACACUCAAAUCCACCUCGGGCAGAAAGAGGAUUUCUAAAACCAAACGCCACCACCGCUGUCACAUUUGUCACAAAACGUUCUCCAGCAAAAAUGCCCGCAUCCAGCACGGUUUCACCCAUCUCAAUGAAGAAGAGAAGACGAUGGUGAAGCAGAGUUGGAGAAUCGGGUGCUUCUUUUGCCAGAAGAGGUUUUCCCACCAGUCUGAUUAUCAUCGUCACCUGGUCACCCAUACGAAGGAGAAGGCCUUUCGCUGCGACCAAUGUGGCAAGCUGUUCGCUCAUAAUUUUAGCUUAACAUUGCACAAACGCAGCCACAGCGCCAACCCAAGACCCUUCAAUUGCACGGAAUGUGGCAAAACGUUCACUAAAAAAGCUUGUGUGGUCGCACACAAAAAAAGAGUUCACCAGAAGCUGAUGAAUGUCGACUGUCCCGAGUGUCCCAAGAAGUUCAGCAUCAAGUGGGACAUGACGAAACAUCUGAAAGUUGUUCAUCUACAAAUUCCGCACCUCUGUCCCCAUCCCCACUGCAAUAAGUCGUUCAUACAGAAAGGGGAUCUUCGAACUCACGUUAAGAAGUUUCAUCCCUCAUAAUUCAACCUUUCUCGACUUCCAACGAUCCAGCGUCAACUCAAUAAGGAACCUUUUUUCAAGCUAGCUACAUCAGGAUUGUCCACCAGUGAUUAAUACUUUUUUCAUGAAAUUUCAUUUUUACUUCUGUUUCCUCUCAGACUUUCUCCCCCGCAAAGAGACCUACUUUGUGUAAUCUUUCAGAACUUUUUAAAUUUAAAUCAGUUAAAUUGUAAAUCGAAAAACUGGACA